AUGUCAACGCCUACACGCAACGACCCAACAAGUCCACAUCGUGGGAAUGCGUUCUACAAUGCUCCAUUUACUGUCGACAACUCUGAAUGGCGAUUCUCCUCACGAUUUGCAGUCAAUUCUCCUGCCAGGAGCAUUCUCAAAGUACGCACACCCGAUCCAUAUGGUUCUCCUUUGAUGACUUCAGCAAAGCGACGACAAUACCAAGUUGUGCAACGUCGUGUCAGUUUUGCACCAGAUGCUCACGUCCGGGUGUUCCGUGAAGAUGGAAGGACUGAAUUCAACGCUGAUAUCCCAUCAUCACCUACGCAUUAUACAGAGCAAAGAUCCCUCAUGUCAAGGUUAUCAGAUCCACCAAGUGAGCAUCGCAAGAGAAGAAGAGAUCUAUUUGGAAGUCCUAGCGAAUAUCUCAACAGCCCCAAGCGACGUGCUACUCCUCCCAAAGUGACCACCACAAGAGAAUUACCCAAGAGAAAAGAAGCAAUGGAUUUUACCGAUUACAUGGCUGGCCGUGAAUUACCUACGUUUGACGAUAUCCUUGGAGAUGAUGAUGAAGAAGAUGGAGAAGAUACCGAACGCCCCCUCACUUCAGCAUCUUUACGCUCACGAGACAUGGAUGAAAACAGCAGCUCCUCUGAUGAGCAAUCAGCAUUACCAUCAUUACGCAAAUACGAUCAAAAAGAUACCACAACAACUUCAUCAGCUACACGUGAUCCUAUUACUACUCCUCCAUCUUCAUCACAUCCACGUCCCAUAUCUGCAUCAUCAUCAUCACCAUCAGCAAGUAGCACCACCACCACACAACGUAAGCCCAUUUCACGAUUACCAUUGGCUGAAAGACAAGAAGAUUACAUCCAUUCAUCAUCAUCAUCACCCACUUCACGUGCGCUAAGUCGAUCUUAUGCACCCGUAUCACCUAUGAACAAUUCUUACUCCUCCUCAUCACGAUCAUCAUCAUCUCUUGGCCAGGCACGAUCCAUGUCUCGACAAGAUCACAGCUCAGGAUCCGACAAUGACACUAGCCAUAAGUUAUCCAUGGAUUCGGAAAAAGAUAUAUUGAAUGAGACGCCGAUCCGCUAUGAUACCGCAUUACGUGAGGAAGGCAUUGAAAAGAGCCCUGCUGUUUCCAAGACAUCCCAAUCUCUUUUUGAAUGGUCACGCCGACUUCGUCAAUCCUUUGGUAUACAACAACCUGCCCGUGAAAGUUAUUCUCUGAGGGAGUUUCUCAAGAUGGCCGAUAUCCCUUGGAAAGAGCUAGACAAGAUGAAAGAGAUCAAGCAUACACAAUUGGAUCAUCCCCUUACACGCACAAUCUCUACGCAUGAGAAAGCCGCCACCGUAGCAUCUCUCCAAGAGUUAGAGGCAUACAAGAAUUACACAUCUUCUUUACAAGAGCUGGUUCAAGAUAAUCAAGAUGGCCUGCAGGAACAAGAAAGAAAAGUCAAUGCCAGCCAUCCACGGAUCAUCAGCCAAUAUACCCAUGCUGACAAGGAAGAAAAGGCUCGUCUACAGAAAGAGCUCCAUAAGUGGAUGAAGAUGGGGAAGGCAAAAGCGAAUGAAACGUUGCUCGAAUGGAAAUUGGCAGAAACUGAAGAGAUGCUACAAACAUGGGACACUUUUAUGGCACAAGCGGAUGAGGAUCUACGGCAAUUAAGCGACUAUGAUCGAUUUUUAUCAUCCAAGAGGCCAAUACUGCAAGUGGACUCAACACGUCUUCAUCAUCAACUUGAGGAUGCAAAGCAACAUGAAGAGGAAUACAACACCCCUGAAAGCAUGGCUAUUACAUCCGACAUUGAAAAGCAUAGGGCAUCGCUGGAGCAAUCUCAAAAAGACAUCCAAUCUCUCAACACUGAACAAACGCAACUUGAAGGAUACGUGUCAACGCUGGAUCAGAGAAAAUCAGAGCUGGAUUCUCAAAUUUCUUUAUUGACGCAACGAUUGGAAUCACUGAGACGACUCUCUUUUACAGGACGAGACCUUAUUGAUGCUAAAGAGAAAUACGAAGCUUGUGGCAAAAUCGGAGGCUGGGAGAUCAUCAAUUGGACAGACGAUGAAACCGAGUUGACCUUGGACAAUGAUAUCAAUAUUGUAAUCGAUCAUUCAAAGCUCGAAGCUCGGGAUGUGGAGGCCAUUAUUGUACGAAUGGUGGAACAGCGUGAGCCUGUUUAUGGUGCAUUUUCUGAACUUGUUCUUGGAUUGAGUGGUUUGAUGACCGAUGUAUGGGAUAUGAAACAGAUCAUCCGAAACGCGGCCGUCUAUUGGCAAUACGUGAAGCUGAUCCAUGCCGAAGUUAAAGCAGCCAGUCAACAUUUUCAGACAGAGGUUCAAGCACUUGAUGAUGGUGUUUCUUCUACCUCAGCCAAUGAUGCGAAUGAACGAGGCGUGCUGUGCACGAUUAUACCAGCAAGCUUUGUUUCCAGGAGCAAAGUGGUCAUUUCAUUUCGAGUAUCUACUGCCGAUGUGAUGCAUUUUCCCCAUAUCAACAUGGAUACGGUCACUGUUGAUCUUGAAUAUGGCCCUAUGACCCAAGAGGAAACUGAAAGGAAGGCACGGGAAUUACUCAAGAUGCAUGGAUUUGUUGGGCUUGUAAAUACACUCAAGAAGCUUUUAUAA